AUGGCACAAAAUCGUCAAGCGUGUGACAGCAACGCAGAACUAAUAGCAAACGGAGACCUACGCGCUCUCCACCCAGUCUUCAAGAUCUAUGGGCAAAGAAGAUGCUUCUCGGGACCAAUCGUGACGCUCAAGGUCUUUGAAGACAACGUUCUAGUCAGAUUCCAGCUAGAGACAAAAGGAGAAGGAGCAGUCUUAGUUAUAGACGGUGGUGGAAGCAUGAGAUGCGCGCUUGUUGGAGGAAACCUCGGACAGUUAGCUCAGAACAACGGGUGGUCGGGGAUUGUGGUGAAUGGAUGCGUUAGGGAUGUGGAUGAGAUCAAUGACUGUGAUGUUGGGGUUAGGGCAUUGGGUUCUAACCCAUUGAAGUCUAGUAAGAAAGGCAAUGGUGAGAAGAAUGUGCCUGUUUAUAUUGGAGGAACUUUGAUUAGAGAUGGAGAGUGGCUUUAUGCUGAUAGUGAUGGUAUCUUGAUCUCCAAGACCGAACUCUCCGUUUGAUUCAGAAGGUUUGAUUGAUGUGCCAAUACCAGAGACACGCUGGUUUAUAUUUCGAAUUCUUAAUAAUCUGUUUUAUACUUCUAUAAAUAAACCCCAUUUCGUGCUAUUUGUGAACUUCUACAGUACAAAAAUAAGAAUGAAUGAUUUGUUUUGUUAGGAGGAGCUGAUAUAAUCAUCUUCUCAAUUUAAAUGACCAUUAAUUAUUAAUUACAAAGCUUUUACUAUAAUACAA